CUGGGGAUAGAGCAGAGGAAGAGCCAUGAAUCUGGGGGAUGGUUUAAAGCUUGAAACUGAAAUACUGGAUGGAAAAACUAGGCUGAUAUUGGCUCCUUCUGGGGGUAAGUCCAAAUCAAGUGUAAAGAUGUGUAAUAGAAACAAAAUCUUAAAACAGACAUUGAGAACAAAACAGAAUGGGAAUGUUCUGAAGUCAGUGCAGACUACUUGUGAGACAAAUGAAUGUUUAACCAAACACCAGACUGGAUCAAGGCUUUCGGCAACAAAAGGUGUGAAAAACCAUGAAAUUAUAAUACCAACUAAAGAGUCCAGCCAGAAGGACCCUGAUGUUAUCAUCCACAACGACAAUACGACUACAAAGCCUGAUAACUGCACCACCAGAGUCUCUGUUAAAAAAUCUUUGGUCUCCAAUAAAAAGUCCCAAAAGCCUCCCCUUUCUGUUGAAGAUCUAAGGGACAGUUUGGUAUGUUUAACACAGCAGCAGCUUGAACAGAUCUUGAUGGCUGUAAAAGGAGGAACCAAAGGAGUCUCGCAGCUUCGGGAUGAAAAGGAGAAAAAGACAAGACAAAACAGUCUAGAUGUUAACCCUCCUGCUGAUCAGGUACCAGAAGAGAACAUAAUGGGAUUACUUCAGAAAGCUGGUGAAACUCUAUGUGUCGCAAGUGAAAAUAGUUUAAGAAACAAAGGAGCAUUGAAGCAUGCUGAACAGAACAUUAUCAUGAACUCAUGGAAGCCAGCUGACAUGUUUAGCACUCUGGGUGAAAGAGAAAGGGAUAAACCCUUGUUGGAUGCUAAGAAGUCCCAAUGGAAGAAGGAAUUAGAUGAGCAGGUAGCUUUAAAGAAGAAACUUAAAGAAAAUUUAGAAUCCGAGUCAAAAUGUCACCUGUGGCAGAAUGCAGAUGCAGUUAAAAAUUGCUCAGAGAAAGGACAGAUGGCUAAUCAGAUUCAGAUGCCAUUUUCAGAGGAUCUGAGUGCUGCAACAGAAGAUACCCGCAUUUAUUCAGCCACGGAGGCUAGUGAACCUUCGCCCAGUAUUUCAAGCAGCCAAACUGGACAGUUCUCUAGUUUCAGUUCUCCAGACUUGCCAGCCGCUAUUCGAUCAUCAUUUGUGUUAGGGGAAGCGGCUCCAGUGGAGCAUCCUUUCAGUGCUGUAAAACGUGAACAACAGAAAAAGUGGCUGGAAGAGCUUGAUAAACAAAAAGAAGCUGCAAAACUACGGAAAAAAGAAGAAAAAUGUGAUUUAUCAAAGGCUGAAGAGCAUGACCGAUGGACAAUGCAUUUUGAUUCUUUCAGGAAUAACGCUUACGCUUCCUCACAAUACCCUUUAAAUGCAACAUAUAAAAAGCCAAUUGAAACUUUACAUUUUUCCCCUGAGCCUCAAGACUCAAUUACUUUUACACCUACAGAGAUGGAAAGUUCAGGAAAAUCAGUUGGGAGCAAUAUUUCAGAGCCAAGUCAGAAAGGCAGUUUUCUUCGUUCGAUGACAGCCCUUUUGGAUCCUGCUCAACUUGAGGAAAGAGAAAGACGGCGGCAGAAACAGUUAGAACAUCAGAAAGCCAUCAUGGCUCAAGUAGAGGAAAAACGAAUGAAGAAACAACUUGAAGAAGAGCAAAGGAAGCGGGAAGAGCAAGAAGAGGAAUGCCGGCUUGCAAGAGAGCAAGAAUUGAUGAAAAAGCAGUUUGAAGAAGAUCUGCUCAGACAAAAGCAAAAAGAGGAAAUCAUGACCCUUAAAACAAAUGAACUGUAUCAGACUAUGCAACGAGCGCAAGAGUUAGCCCAGAGAUUGAAACAAGAACAGCGUAUUAAAGAGUUGGCUCAGAAAGGACAUGAUAUUUCCAAACUGCAGAAGAAUCUUGGUGGUAAUGAUACAUUGUAUGAGAGUUAUAGUGAUGACCUGAAUGGCUUUUCAGAUGUCAUCAAACAUCAUGAUCAUUGUUCUGCAGAGAAUAGCAGAAUGGUAAAUCAAGAUAUCCAAUCAGUCCUCUCUCCUCGGAAGGACACUGCUGUGCAGACAGAUAGUGUUAACACUGAUCUGUACAUUGAGCGAACUAGGAGUGGAAGAGUGGACUGUAUGUCUCCAGAUAUUUCUAUAGAAUAUAAAGUGGACUCUAACAGCAAAAAAUGUAAGAAAGAGCCGCAAUAUACAGAUAAAAAGAAAAUUUCAGAGAAAGAGAAUAUUGUCAACUAUAGCAAUUUAAGUGAGCUGACUACACAAAAAACGAAACAUACUAAAGCACUGGAAAGGAAUGAGAAAAGGCCGGACUGGAACAUAAACAAACCUUGCAAGAGGUUUGUUCCAGCAUCAGAAAGAUAUCCAAGAUGUCUUCAAAAACAAAGAGAAGAAAAGAAGGCAAGACGCCAAAUGGAACUGCUCCAGCAGGUUGAAAGAAAUAGCCCUGGCAAUCUUUAUCAAAAGAAAAGCAUUUCUCCAGAUCCAUCUCUCUCACCUCACCAUGAAGACGAUGUUAAGAAUAAAGUGAAUGCAGUAAGAAAGGAAGAACCAUCUCCAAAAAAUAAUUUGAUUGAACCAAGAUCCAACUCACCACCUGUUCCAGCAGUUAAAAGCAGGUUACAAAGACCAAUGAAGGCUUCUGAUUUUUCGGCUUAUAAUAGCAAUGAUGUGAAAGAGAAGAAUAUCUAUAAAGAUAAGUACCAAAGUGAAAGAUCUGCUCCAAGUGCUGAAAUUGAAAGGCCACCAUCGGCAUACUUCAUUCCCUAUGUGCGAACAAAUGAAGUGUAUUACCUGGAUCCAAACGCACCCAUGACUAGACCUUCGACACAUGAUCCGCAAUACCAACAGCCAAAUGAUUCUUACCAUACUCCACGGCAGAUUUUUAGCUCCGAUCAUGUAAGAGAUCCACUUUUUAAUCCCAAUGUGGUGAGAGACAGGCAGCAGGCAAUACUCAAAGGACUCUCAGAACUACGACAGGGCCUCCUCCAGAAGCAGAAAGAAUUGGAGACAUGCCUUAUUCCAAGCAUUAUAAGCCAGGAGGAGAACUUUAUUGCACCAUUUUAAAAAUUCCAGGAUUGAUACAUGAACAUUUUGCUGUGUUGGCACUUUAUAGUACUUACUACUGUAAUUAUAACCCAUAUCUGUGUAACAGUAUGGAAUUUUUUUCCGAGAUGCUUGAAUAACUGACUACAUUUUGUAUAUUUAGGAUACAUUUCCAGAAACAGAGAAUUCAUAUAGAAGGAAACAGCACUAUAGCAGGUGGUUUUGUUUACAUGGAAUAUUUGUACAACUAAUUUAUGUGUGUUCUUGGCAUGAGGAAUAAAUUAUUAGGUGUUUUAA